GUUUAGAGGAAACAGGUGAUCGGACAUGAAGACAAACAGAGACACACUGAACAAACAAUAUGGGGAGGGGGUUGUUCAAUCUCAAGAACCUAUUAGUUUUGACGAGGAUACAAAUAAAGCCUUACGCUUUCCCCCGAUCGCUGCUCCACACUCCGGUACAGCAGGAGGCGGUGAAGCACCGGGACCGUUAAGGCCGGCCGUCAUUAAACCAAAAGGAGGAGGAAGGUCAGUCGGACCAGUUAGAGCGCAACACCGCUGCAGCCGUUAGCAUCCGAAGCUAAGAGCGAGGAGGAAGAUGAGCACCAAACAGGUGACCUGCAGGUAUUUCCUGCAUGGCGUGUGCAGAGAGGGCAGCCGCUGCCUGUUCUCCCAUGACCCCAACACCAGCAAACCCUCCACCAUCUGCAAGUUCUACCAGAGGGGGGUCUGCGCCUACGGGGAGCGCUGCAGGUAUGACCACAUCAAAUCGUCCAGAGUGGGAGGGGCUCCAGAGGAGCCACCAGGUGUGGGAGGAGCUGGGGGCGGGGCUUCAGUCGGAGUGGGAAGGAAGCCACUGGUGCUCAGAGACAGAGUGCUGGCUGUAGACAGUAUGUAUGGGGGUCCAGCAGACAGAGGGGGGUCAGAGGUAACAGCACCCCCCCACUCGUAUGUGGCAGCCAUCAGGACGGGUCUGGAGGCUUCAGCCGAGGAACCAGCCAUCCCCCCAGUGGGCGGGGCUUACCACGACCCCCGCCAGCUGUGUCCCUACGCCGCCGCGGGACACUGUUACUAUGGAGACAGCUGCACGUACCUGCAUGGCGACCUGUGUGAGGUGUGCAGGCUGCAGGUGCUGCACCCCCACGACCCCGAGCAGAGGAGAGCGCACGAGAAGGUAUGUCUGCUGAACUUUGAGGCUGACAUGGAGAAGGCGUUUGCAGCCCAGCUGAGUCAGGACAAGGUGUGCUCCAUCUGCAUGGAGCUGGUGGUGCAGAAGCUGAACCCGUGUGAGCGGAGGUUUGGCAUCCUGUCGUCCUGCUGCCACACUUUCUGUCUGAGCUGCAUCCGUCAGUGGCGCUGCACCCGCAGCUUCAGCAACAGCAUCAUCAAGUCGUGUCCUGAGUGCCGUGUGGUCUCGGAGUUUGUGAUCCCCUCUGUGUUCUGGGUGGAGGAUCAGGAGGAGAAGGAUCACCUGAUCGAGCUCUUUAAGUCUGGAGUCAGUAAGAAGUCCUGUAAGUACUUCGACCAGGGUCGGGGGUGCUGUCCCUUCGGGGGGAAGUGUCUGUACCUGCAUGCCUUCCCCGACGGCACCCGGGCCGAGCCGGACCGACCCCGCAAACAGCUGGGCUCCGAGGGCAGCGUGCGGUUCAUGAACAGCGUCCGUCUGUGGGACUUCAUCGAGGAGCGCGAGCAGCGAGACCCCCCCGACAUCUCCGAGCUGAGGGACCUGUUCAUGCAGAUGUCUGGGCCAGGAAGGGAGUCCGAGGAACCCCCUCCCUCUGUAACACACUGAGGACCCUCCCCACCCGUAACACACUGAGGACCCUCCCCACCCGUAACACACUGAGGACGACCCCAUCGUAACACUAUAAGGACCCCCACCCCCCCCCGUAACACACUGAAAACAUGGAUUCUUGGGAAAUAAAUCAGGGUAAAGAUAAAUGCUGAACGAUGAGUCUGAGGAGCCGUUUUUAUUUAUUGUGUAAAUAAUAAAUCCAGUUUGUUCUUUCUCAGAAACUCUUUAUUAAAACUCUGAAAGCAAUCAACGUAGAUCUCCUCCACAGUAAUAACGCGUGUGUUAUAGCCUGAAACUCUGGGACCGUACCAACAUUAAAUACCAUGUGUGUAUUCCUCUCAUCUGCAUUAUUAAAAAUACGUUUUAAAGUCCUAAACAUUUCUGGACAUUCGAUCAUACAUCACAACACAACAGCCUUUAAAGACGAUGGUGUGUAGUGUCUUUAAAGGGAAGGUAAACUUGUGCCACCGUGGCAAAAGUGUGAAUUCAGGGUUUUCAGAAUAAAGUCAGAUUUUUGACGUCUUCAGAAAAAAA